CCAUUGCCAGAUCAAUAUAACUGAAGACAUAAUGGAUAUAUCACAUCCUAACAGUUUUCUGCAACAGGAAGAACAUCGGUUAGCCACGUUCAGCGGACAUGAGAUAUUUCCCAUUGAUAUUAGGAAAUUGGCCGAAGCCGGAUUUUACAGUACGGACGCAGGGAAUAAUGUGAGGUGCUUUGAUUGCAAUUUGGAAGUUGAUGUUAAAUCUCUCGCAGUGUCAGAUGACAUCGUUAAAAUUCACAGAACGAUGAACCCUCAUUGCUCAUUCGCAUGCAAAUUGGCCACUAGAGUAUACAGGAACAUGACGUUCGUCAGCUACGAUAGUUUAAGAUACGAAGAACAGCGAUUAGGAACCUUCAUCGACUGGCCUCAUGAAUGGCUGAAACCGUCAGAAUUGGCGGCCGACGGAUUUUACCAUCUCAGGAAAAGGGAUUACUGUGCGUGUAUCUUCUGCAGAGGGAUAGUUGGAGCCUGGGAACGGGGUGACACGCCAAGAGGAGAACAUCAGCGCCAUUUUCCUCACUGUCCCUUUAUUAGGGAUCAGCCAGUUGGGAAUGUUCCCAUUAUUCCUGGUAAUAUUUUAGCCAGGUUACCGGCACUACAUGUGAGUCUGGACGAUUGCAGAUCGUCAAGACGUGUUAAGGCCGACGUUUGCGGAUUAUCGUCAAGACAUAUGGCCGGAUCAUAUCCCGAAUGCAGAGGAUCUCUGGAGGGAAUUGGUCUCUCCCAGCAUUCUGGACCGACACGAAGUGAUUUCAUGACAGUAGAUAGCCGAUUGGAGACCUAUGUCGAAUGGCCUGAGGAUAUUGGUCUGCACAUACAAGAUCUUGCCGAAGCUGGAUUUUUCUACUGUGGUCUGAGUGAUCAUGUUCGCUGUUUCCACUGCGGUAAGGGUCUUCGCAAUUGGAUAUCUAGCGAUAUACCUUGGAAGGAACACGCUAGAUGGUAUCCUAAAUGCAGAUUUGUCUUAUUGAUGAAAGGCCAGGACUAUAUCAAUAAAGUCCAGCAAGAAUAUCCACCAUACACCCGCAUAGCAAGUACUAUAUAUUCGGGUAUCGAUAAAGCUGCUUCCGGUAGCAGUAAUAGUCCAACGGAGGUGCAAUCCCUAUCCAAACAAGAAUUGGAUCUAUUGAUGAGUUUGGAUGUCGCCAAGGGUGUACUGAGACUGGGAUUUCCUAGUUAUAUAGUCAGGGCCACCCUUAAAGAUCGGGUUGAACAAACCGGCGAACCGUAUUUCGGUAUAGAGCCUUGUCUUGAAGAUGUUAUACAGAGAAUGAACGAAACAGAGAAUCAGGUUGCAGAUAAUCGUUCUGAAAGUACAGAGUGUGAGCCGUCAUCUGGCGAGACUGAUAUUUCAACUUCGAUUUCUGAACAACAAACUUUUGUAUUCCCAUCUACGUCUGGAACCAUGGAGAAUCGGGUUGCAAAUAUUCAGUCGCUUCCAUCCGAAUCUACCGAGGUUGAACUAUUAUCUCAACAACAAGUUUCUAUAUUGCCAUCUACAUCUGAAAUAAGACGACAACAAGCUUCUGUAUUUCCAUCUACAUCUGAAAUGAUACGACAACAAGCUAUACUCCCUACUGCACCUCUAACUACAACGUUAUCAUCAUCAUCAUCAUCAUCAUCAUCUGAACGAGAAAAUACCGAAACUGAAACAAAGCAUAUUUUGCAAAUAGUCGAAGAAAUCAUAUCGCAGACUAGUGAAGAAGAAAAGGAAGAAUAUGAGGAAAUAAAAGAAUUCAAGUCAAAACAGUCUUAUGAACAGCUGAAAGAGGAACUCGAACGGAUGCGUGAAAAUCGCACAUGUAAAGUGUGCAUGGACAGUGAAAUAACUGUAGUGUUCCUUCCAUGCGCACAUAUGGUUACGUGUGCUUCCUGUGCUGUAUCCCUGAGACAGUGCCCCAUCUGUAGAAGUGACAUCAAAUAUGCAUUGAAAGUCGAAGUCAGACCAAAUUAUGAAACCAAUACCAUCGUGAGAGGGAGAAUACAAAGAAAUGACGAUCGCAUUGCUAUUGGUGAAGAACCUGUAAAUACUAGCGACAUCUAUAACGGCGGAAAGGAGUAUUUGUAUCAAAAUAAAGCGCUAUAUUCUCACAGCAGCGGUCAUUUGAAAACUGUUAUUAUCGAAAAUGUUAUUCACCGCAUAGAGCAGCUACGGAGUCAAGCGUUAUUUGUCACUGACGGUAUAAGAAAAUUCAAGAAAUGUCUGGGUAUCAUAUAUGAUAGCAUAGAUGUAGGCAAUAUGCUACCCACCACUAGUCUAGGUCAGAAGAGCAAACCACUUGACUGGUACUAUCGAAUUAUGAAUACUGAUAUUGUCCCACUCGAUCAACAUAACGGGUAUUCAGAGUAUAGACAAUGUCACCGUGAAUUUGAUGUUGUAAGGUGUUUCUCCUGUCAAAUUAACAUAUAUGGAUGGCAGCACAAUGAUGAUCCUAUAAGUGUUCACGCCCAAUGGUCUCCUGAUUGUGAAUACAUCCAGGCUAUAGUUGAUGAUAACUUCAUUGAUAGUGUACGGGACAAGAGAUAUGAUGUAUUAGUCGAUCCAAAUGUUUAUCAAACACUGAAGGACUGUGGAAUUCCUGAUUAUAUUAUACGGCAUGCACAUCGCAGACAUAUAAUUCAGAGUGGUGAACUUUUUACAAAUGCUGCCCAGUGUUUGUCGGUUAUCGAGAAACUGUAUAAUUUCAAAGACAAGUAG